AUGGCAACAGACACAACACCUCACAAAAAGACAUUACACGCUUUCUUUGAACCCAUCAACAAAUGUACUUCUUCCGACCCUAAUUCAAAAGAAACACCUCGAAUCACACCAUCCGACUCUGUUCCAUUCGAGCCCACUGCCGCCGAAGUAGCCCCGGUACCACAAAUACGCUCGGUUGCCAAACCAUUGACUAUACCUUGCUUCAUGCCGUCGACAGCACCAAAAUCAUCGCCACCAGAAAAACCCGCCUCACCGCCACCCUCAGAAGCUUCACCAAGAGCCUCGCCAGCAACCCCAUCCACACCAGCACCAACGCGCUCGAAGCCAUGGCGGGCAGAACCUGUUAUCGCGGAAUCAUCCAGAGCAGCAGAACGUAGGCUGGCAAUGUAUGGAAUUCCUACAGUGAAUUCAACCGGAACCGAUUCCCAAGGUGUUGGAUUCUCAUACGAACCUGUUCGUCGAUUGCGCAAACCGGAUGCCCCAUGGCCCGAUGGAGCCAUUUUUCAAGGUGGUCAUAUUCAUCCAUCGGAUUACUCAUCUGCCAACUCCGAUGGAUCUUGGGUCCAAAAGCUAAAAUCGUGUUCUCAUCCUGGUCAUCGAUUUCCGUCUAUGGACGGUUUUAUGCGAACGGAUAGUGUUCCAUCCCAAGCCAUGCAUGAGGGUGAAUCAGUAACAAUGAACAGGCAACAAGUGGAAGCACUUAUGCACAAAGUAUAUUCUUCUGGGUGGUCGUACUCUGGAGCAUGUCGAGCAUUGGCGAGCCGCCUUUUUCGAGUAUCGCCCGAUCAAUCAGCAGGCAGCUCUUCUUCAUGGAAAGAGAAGCACAGCCCUGAUGACAUUGACUGUUUACUAGGCAACGGCCUGAAUCACACGUACCUACGCGAUUGGCUUCAACAUAUGAAGGUCUCACCCAUUGUGUCGCCUGCAGAGGAUUCGACAGAUCAGAAAAAGAAAAAGAAGAAAUCGACUUUUCAUGCCGCUCGUAAGGACGAUUUUUCCUUUGAGAGCUUAUCCCUCAACGAAUCCACAGACAUUGACGAGCAAGGUUUCUUGACGCGCGAAGCAUUUACACGAUUACUGGGACAACCUGAAAUGAAAGAGGAUGAUGACGAUGAUUUUCGACCCAGUUCCAUCCGGAAAUCGAAAAGUAAAGGGAAAACCGGUAGUGCACUCAAGAAGGAAGCGAUUCGAUCCAACAUGAUCCUGCUGGUCGGUGAUCAUGGUGUUGGCAAAACGGCCUCUGUAUAUACGGCUGCUAAAGAAGUGGGCUAUGAAGUGUUCGAAAUUCAUGCUGGUUCCAAACGUUCAGGCAAAGAUAUCAUCGGCGCUGUAGGUGAAAUGACCAAGAACCACCUUGUAACGUUUGAUGCAGCACAGCAAAAGAAUACGCCAACAGCAACGAGCAAUACGCUGGCUUCAGGCGAUACCAACGACAAGAAACGGUCAAGAUCCACGGAUGGAUCACCAUCCAACAAGCGACGACCAAAGCCUCAGGCACCGGCGGGACAAAACAGUAUUAUGAAGCAUUUUGCGAGAAUCCCCAAAUCCUCUGAAAGCCCCCCAAAGGACGCGACGCAGACAUCCUCAGAAGAACAAAACAAAGACCACAAGAUGGACGUCGAUCCACCGGCGUCUGUUGCCCCCACUGUCCCUCCAUCCCAACCGACUGGAGAUCACUCGAAAAUGAAAAAGUCCUCGGAACCGAGGCAAAGCCUGAUUCUGUUGGAGGAAGUGGAUUUAUUAUUCGAAGACGACAAGGGAUUCUGGCCAGCCAUUGUCGAAUUAUCUCAAAAGAGCAAACGUCCUAUUAUCAUGACCUGCAACGAUGCCAGUACGAUACCGCUGGAAUCCUUGUAUCUUCAAGCCGUGCUUCAUCUGUACCCGCCGUUGCCCGUCGAACUGCUGCCUUUCCUACAAUUGAUCUGUCUAACUGAAGGAUAUUUGAUAGAUCCCACUGAUUUAACGUGUUUCGUCACUGUAAUAGGCGGCGACAUCCGUCAACUCUUGGACACGUUGGAAUUCUGGUGCAGGGACAAACCACGAAAUCUCGAUAUCACUCAAGAUGGUCGACGGACCUUUGUCAAGUACCCAUUCUUAUUUGGGCACUAUAUGGGAAUCAGUGACUUAUCACUGAGUUGUCCGAAUGAUAUUGCACGCUUGAUGGAAAGAUGUGGUCACGCACAUUGUGCGCAUCAUGUGGAUCUGUUACGAAUCUGUGUCCAUUACCUUGGCAAGACCGCGAAAGCCAUGGAGAUAUCUGUGACUGACGAACACGACGAUACACUGUCGGUUGUCGCGAAUGCUAUGGAGCGGUUGUCUUUUACGGAUGCGUGGUUUGGUACAUCCAAGGACCGUGUCAGCCAGCAAUAUCAAGAGGAUCCGCGAGAUCAAGUGAACGGCUUCACUCGUUUAUGGCAAUCCUCCAGUACAUUUGAGUCAUGGACAUUGGAAGAGGACAUGGAGGCGACCCUGUUAAGCUGGAACAGUCAACAAAUGAAGGAUGAGACAUGGCAGGAUUUGCUGUUGGAAGAACCCAGUCAUUGGCAAACCGUGUGUAACAUCAGUGAUUUGGCGUUUGAAGAAUACAUGACCGCCAUCGAACCGUUAUUACCCCUACGAACUGCCACGCUUCCUAUCCGUGAAUCUGUCAUGAGUCUCGAUAUACCCCAUAUUUGCCAUAUGCUACAAUCAAAUGACAUGAGACGCACGUUUGGUGUUCCCAAAUCGACCUUUAUGCUGACCGAUACCAUGACUGUAAAUAAUAAAAACAAGAGAAUGAAGGACUACGGUAUGCCGAUAAGCAGCAGUGUCAGCUGA